AUGGACGCCAGAACUCAACCGGGAUAUGUUACUCAUUUGGAACAAGCAAAGGAUUGGACGUGCUCUCUAAAACCUCCGCAGCGUAUCCUGGACCUGAUAUUCCAGCUCAACACCAGCGCAACCUCAACGAAAGAACAGGUCAUACAACCACAUCCAAACAUCAUUUCCGUUGUUCAGCAUUUUUCUGAGAUAACGGUGUCGAGCUUCAAGGAUUCUCGGAUUCUUCGACUUCUGGCGAAGUACAAUAAGCUGAUUUUCUGCGCAAUUUGCCACGUCGCAUGCUGUGCGGGCGCCUCGAAACAGAAUGUGGAUAGCGCAAUGAAAAGACUUUCAAAUAGUCAUUCAUCCUAUCUUGACCAGUUACGUCAAGGGGCAGCAUGGCAACUCGAAGCCAUCAAUAAACUUCAUGAGAAUUCUGAAUGGGGUUUAAGGAGUAGCGACAUACUAUUCGAUUUUCCACCGGCUUUUGAGUCUAUGCGGCGCUGGGGAAAAUCACAGGAGUCAAUGAAGACUUUUGUCGAUACUUUGAAUGACAGAUCAUAUGUCGAGGGUAUGGAACAUAGUGCUGGGAUGGCUCUAUCUGUACCUUGCAUUCUGAAAUGUAUUUUUGGAAAAGUUUUGAGGUGGGCCCAACUCAUCAUCUGCGAGCACGCCAGCCAGUCCCGGGUCCCCAGCUUCUUCGGAUCGAACAGGCGGAAUGGACAGGACGUCUCCAAAUUCACCGGUCAAUCCGCCGUCAGCCGCCUCUCUACAUCGGCCAAACACUGCAAGCACGCCGUUCAGUGUCCGGUCCCUUACCCCUUCACAUCCAGAAUUGCAGCAGCCAGAUACGCUGAGCAAGCCAUUUCAGCCAAUCAACUCAUCGGGGGCCCGUCCUGA